CAGGGAGUUAUUGCAGAAAACGAAGAGGAAACAUGUUCUAAAAGAUCCUUAUGUUCAUCACCAGCUUCAAGCUCCCCAAUGGGUAACAUGUGCAGAGACUUGUUUGGUAGAUUAUGUGGUUAUGCCACUUUAUUGCAGAAAAACAGCACCCCAAAAGGUAGAAGAAUUUUCCACAGAGAUGUGGAGAAAGAAGAAUUCCAGUAUGCCAGUAGCCAUUGUCUCUCAUCCUACUACAGUGUGUUUGUGGUUCGACUAGCUAUCAUGAUCAUGCUAGCCAUCUUGAUAGGGCUUCUCACCAUUUUGACAUGGCACUUCACAAAGAUUUAUACAGCAAAAUCACUAAGUAGUUUGGCAUAUGGUCUGCGUUAUGAACUUCUGCAACGCCCCAUCUUGCGGAUGUGGAACAUUUUGAACUCUACUGCUGAAAUUACAACAGCACAGGUCAAGCUUUCUCAGUAUGUGAUCAGGCGUCACAGCAACCCAUCAACUCAAGCAGAGCAAGUUGAGUUGUAUGAAGCGAUGAGGGCUGUAACAUGGGCGCUUUUUUCUAGCCGGAAAGCUCUCAACUCAAUAACUAUCAAUUACAAGAAUGGAUUUGUCCAGGCAUUCCAUAGAGAUCUGAAGGAUAACAACACAUUUUACAUAUACUCUGAUCUUGCAAACUACUCCAUGGCUGCCAGCGAUACUAACGUGAUGGGUUCCCUUUCAACACGUCAGGCAUGGGACGAUAAGGCCAUUCAUGGUAACUUUUCUGCAAAAUGGUACCGCGAACCCCUUGACCCUGUCAGCGGCGAGAAGAUUGGAAAAGCGAUGCAAAUUGCACCUGAAGACUUGAUCAACAUAGCUGGCCUUUCCCAAGUGCCUGAUGGUGUAGCUUCAUGGCAUGUUGCAGUGAGCAAGUUUACUGAUUCACCAUUGCUUUCAGCAGCAUUGCCAGUUUGGGACUCUUCUAAUAAAAGUAUUAUGGCAGUUGUGGGUGUCACAACUGCACUUUAUAGUGUAGGACACCUAAUGAAAGAACUAGUUGAGUUACACAGUGGCCACAUGUAUUUGACUUCCCAAGAGGGUUACUUGCUUUCAACUUCCACAAGUGCACCUCUACUGACAAAUUCAACAAAGCCUCCAAAGCUUAAGAUGGCUGUUGACUGUGAAGAUGAUGUGAUAAGAAUGGGAGCUGAGUGGUUACACAGAACUUAUGGGAAAAAAUUUCCUUCAGCUCAUGAGGUUCAUGUAGAAAACGCCAUGCUCGGCCACCAGAAAUAUUACAUUGACUCAUUCUUCCUGAACUUGAAGAGACUUCCUUUGGUAGGUGUAAUCAUAUUACCAAGAAAGUAUAUCAUGGGGCAGGUAGACGAAAGAGCCUUCAAAACGUUGGUUAUUUUGAUAUCUGCGGCUUUAUGUAUUUUAGUCAUCGGAUGUGUUUGCAUUUUGAUAUUGACAAACGGAGUGUCAAAGGAAAUGAAUCUAAGAGCAGAAUUGAUAAGUCAACUGGAAGCAAGAAGGAAGGCAGAGGCAUCAAGCAACUACAAAAGUCAAUUCCUUGCCAACAUGAGUCAUGAACUGAGGACACCUAUGGCAGCAGUAAUUGGGUUGCUUGACAUCCUUAUAUCUGAUGACUGUCUCACAAAUGAACAAUAUUCAACAGUUACCCAAAUAAGAAAAUGCUCAACCGCCCUGCUCCGUCUUCUUAACAAUAUUUUGGAUCUGAGCAAGGUGGAAUCCGGAAAACUGGUCCUAGAAGUUGCAGAAUUUGAUUUGGGGCGGGAACUUGAAGGGCUGGUAGAUAUGUUCUCUGUGCAAUGCAUUAACCACAAUAUAGAGACUGUUUUAGACCUUUCUGAUGAUAUGCCAAAGGUAGUUCGGGGUGAUUCUGCUAGAGUAGUUCAAAUAUUUGCGAAUUUGAUCAACAAUUCAAUUAAAUUUACUCCAUCGGGACAUAUUAUUCUGCGAGGAUGGUCUGAAACCCCAAGUUUUUGUGGUGAGAGCCUGAAUUUUCCUCUUGACCAGAAGAAAUCGCGGAGUUUACAGAAGAGCAGAGAAAGGAUAAAUCCAAAUCAUGCAAAGAGAGCAUCUAUGAGAGAUAACAAAGUGAUACUUUGGUUUGAAGUUGAUGACACAGGCUGUGGUAUUGACCCAAGCAAAUGGGAUGCUGUGUUUGAAAGUUUUGAGCAAGCUGAUCCAUCAACUACUCGACUGCAUGGUGGCACUGGGCUUGGUCUUUGCAUUGUCAGAAACUUGGUUAAUAAGAUGGGUGGAGAAAUCAAGGUUGUCAAAAAGGAGGGCCAAGGAACAUUAAUACAAUUGUGCUUGCAUCUCAGUGUACCCGUGGAACACACAGAUCAACACUGUGCAGUAGAUUUGACAAAGAAUAGCUUAGUGGUUCUGCUUGCACUACAUGGUAACAUGGGUCGAUUAAUCACAUCCAAGUGGUUACAGAAAAACGGGGUGUGCACAAUGGAAGCUUCUGAAUGGAAUGGACUAACUCAAGUUUUGAGGGAACUAUUUCAUGCAAGAAGUUCAGUCCAUAAUAAUGACUUCGAUGCUCACUAUGAGGGAUUGAAGUCUAAACUACUCACCAUACAAGAUAUGCGGAACCCGACUUUUGUCAUUGUUGUUGACAUUGGCCUACUUGACUUGAGCACAGAUAUAUGGAAGCAACAGCUUAACUUCCUUCACAGGUACUUCGGGAGAGCAAAGUUUGUAUGGAUGCUAAACCAUGACACGUCGAACACCAUUAAGAUGGAGCUUCGUAGGAAAGGGCAUGUACUAAUGGUGAACAAACCUCUUUACAAAGCAAAAAUGAUUCAUAUUUUGGAAGCUGUCAUAAAGGAGAGAAAUCUUGAACUGCAAAAGAAAAAUAUAACUUCUUCAAGGACCACAAUGAAAGAGGGUGAUUCGCACGAGUUUGUUGAGAUUGAUUCUACUCAGUUUGAUGCUACUAGCUCUGAUGAUUCGGACAUAUCUGAAAUGGCCGGUUCUAAUCCUGUUAGUGCCAGUGGAGAUAAGCCAACUGAAAAUGGAUAUUUGGAAGAAACUAAUUUGAGUAAAGAAGAAUCUUGCCAGAGUAGCCUCAGUUCCAAUUAUGCCACUGAAGACACCCAACCUAUAUCACUGUCUAGUAAAGCACCAUCCUCUCCAACAGCAGCACAAGAUGGAGAUUCUGAAUGUGGGGAAACAAAUAGAGUCACCGGCUCAAGUAAAGCAAUAAAUGGAAAGAAAUCUCUGGAGGGCCUUAGGAUUUUGCUUGCAGAAGAUACACCAGUACUCCAAAGAGUUGCAACCAUAAUGCUUGAAAAAAUGGGAGCUGUUGUUGUUGCUGUUGGUGAUGGACAACAGGCAGUAGAUGCUCUCAAUAUCAUGGUCAGUGCCGAAGAUUUUAGAAGAGAGUCUCUCCAGAAGGAAAGAAACACAAGAUCUCAAACAGAGAUUUUCAGUUGCCAUCCAUAUGACUUGAUCCUAAUGGAUUGUCAGAUGCCGAAGAUGGAUGGAUACGAGGCGACAAAAGCAAUAAGGAAAUCAGAAGAGGGAACAGCCCUGCACAUUCCCAUAGUUGCUCUUACAGCUCAUGCAAUGUCAUGUGAUGAAGCCAAGUGCCUGCAGGUGGGCAUGGAUGCUUACUUAACAAAGCCAAUUGACUUCAAGAAGAUGGUGUCCACCAUCAUUUCACUCACUAAAAGAACAUCUUGACUUCACACACAAAGUCCAAGUAAACAAAGGGGAUUAAGAGUCUAGGUAUGUAUAUAGAGGUUUACCACAUAUUAACAUCAGAAAUCAUAGCUUCUCAAAUGUAUUAUAGAAAUUUAGUCCAAUUUUCCCGACAUAACUCACUCAAAAGAGUAAGUUGAUGCAUUUUAAAGCCA